UCUGGCUCGCUCCUUUCGCCCUCAAUCCCAUCUCCCGCCCCGCCCGGCUCCCCUUCUCUCCCAUCUCCAACCCCUAAAAAAUAUCCAAUUUUGAUCCCAAAAUCGAGAUAUGUUGGACCGCAACAAAGAGAUCCGUGUCUCUCUCCUUCGAUCUCCACUGCCCUCUUCUCCCCGUAAAACCCUAAUCCCCUAGGUUUCGAUUUUUAUCGGUUUUUCGAAACUUUUUUUAUUGGGUUGGAGAAAUUGUGAGCGAGGUCGAGGGAUUUGGCCCAAAAAUGCUCUCGAAAUCGCCGUUUAUUCUUUCAUUUCUUCUUCUGUUAUCGCUUCCCCUUCUCUUCUUUCUUGUUCCCCGGAUUCUGCCCCCAAAGACGCUCCCGAGCAUCCCGGAUCCCGACGAGAUGGACGAUCUCGCCCUCUUCCGCCGCGCCACCCUCGCCUCCGACGGCGGCGGAGGAGGCGGCGCCGGUACCGGGAUCCGCCGCCGCCCACCUCUCCCGCCGACGCCGUCGUUCCGCGGGCGAUUCAUCCCGGCCAAAGCUACCCAGCGCGCCGCACCGACCCUCAUCUCCGCCGCCCGCCGCCUCCUCGCGGCGGCGCUCCUAGACGACCGUGCCAACGCCUUCUUCGCCCUCGUCUCCCAGCACUGUAUCCCUCUCCACUCCUUCCGCUUCGUCUACCACGCCCUCCUCACCGACGCCGGGGCGCCCCCUUCCUCCACCUCCGGCGGCCGUCUCCGCCGCCGCCACCGCAGCUUCAUCGAGAUCCUCUCUAGUGAUCCCAUUCUCCGGGACCGCUACAACGCCCGCGGCAGGAACGUCAUGCUGCCGGAGGUACCCUUCGAGCGCUUCCGCUUAGGCUCCCAGUUCUUCAUUCUGGCGAGGCGCCACGCCGUUCUUGUCGUCCGGGACCGCCGCCUCUGGAAGAAGUUCCGGAUGCCGUGCCUCAAAUCCAUGAAGGAUUCUUGCUACCCGGAGGAGCAUUACUUCCCCACCCUUCUUGAUAUGCAAGACCCCAGUGGCUGCACUCACUACACCCUCACUCGUGUCAACUGGACUGGCAGCGUCGGGGGCCACCCCCACACUUAUCGCCCGCCGGAGAUCUCCGGCGAUCUCAUCAGGGAGCUGAGGAAGUCCAAUUCCACCUAUUCUUACCUCUUUGCCCGCAAGUUCUCGCCCGACUGCCUCGAUCCCCUGCUCGAGAUCGCCGACACCAUCAUCUUCCGAGAUUAGUGUGUCAAUUACUCCUUUUGGUUGUCCAAUUGUUCUGGGUGAUCGAUGCACACAAAUGAAUGAGGUAUGGAACUGACCCAUUGUCACAAGAUCGUUUCUUUGGGUUGUGGAAAAGGAGAGACUUUUGUUGUGGAUUCCUGAAGCCCGUAGUGCACGUGUUGGUGUGGUAAGGCACCGGCAUUGGUGGGUUUUCAUGGAAACUAGUCCUUGUUUGGAGAAAGGAUUGUGUAUAAUAUAUGCUCUUAGUGAUACGUUGCAGAAAUAUGAGAAUUAUAAUAAGUCUUCUUUUUCUUA